AUGCAUAUUGUCAUUCUGAACCUUGUUAUAACUAGAUCCUACAUUGUCCUCGUGUUCAAAUUUGGAUGCUUGAUUUUUUUGUUUACUCUUACAGAUGUUGCGUUAGAAGAGUUGGAUAGCACUCAUCAAUUGUCUGCUACAGACUGCCUAAUGUACAAACCUCGAUUCUCUUUCUUGCCUUCACAAAUGCUGGAACGAGAAAAGGUUGCACAGAUGGAUGAUACAUUUUCUAUAAGUAUUCAUAUUGCUUACAAUACGCCGUGCUUCAGAAUAAAGGAUUAUGAAUCACUAUACGAGCAUUGGUCUAGCUUGAGGUCUUAG